AUGAGACGGUGGACCAGCGACUCAGAUGGUGAGUCGGAUCCUGUAAGAGAUAAUAACCCGCUCUUGCCCUCAGGGUAUCGGCAGAAGUACGGUAAUUACAAUAAUAUCAGCAUCCAAGAUGGAUCUAUUUUGGCAGCGGAGGAUAAUCGUACCCCUGGAUUACCAGAAGAAGAAACCACUGCUCCCACAACCGCGCCUUCACAGGAGGAAAAGGAGAGUCAUCAAAAGAGGUCCAUCACAAUGGAGUACGGUGACGAGUACUUUGGAGAAGUAAGAGUAGAUAGAGGAAUAGUGAUUCCACAUGGUCGUGGAACACUUCAGUCGAUUUUGGGCAAACAUUGCUACGUGGGAGAAUUCGUCAAUCGCAGUCGUGAUGGUUACGGUAAGUUAGUGACAGAACGUUAUGUUUUGUGGUCAAAGUGGAAAAUGAAUCGCCCUGAUUUAUCGAAUUCUGCUCGUAUUGACUACGACAAUGGAGACAAGUACUGUGGUUUCUUAUCACUACAGCAAGACAAUACAAUGGCACAACAACUUUCUCGCAGCUUGAGGAAUCGUUUGUCUAAAUUCUCCAUUUGGGUUCAGACGACUAUGCCUGUGCGUGAGCGAUGGGGAGAACUUGUCGGUUCUAACGGUGACCGUUACUUUGGACAAUGGGAAGAUAAUUUACCUUCUGGAUUUGGUUGUUUAGUUUUGACCAAUGGUGACCGCUAUGUAGGUCUUUUUGAGGCAGGUAAAUUCCAUGAUACAGGAACCUUAUUUUCGUUAUCCUAUAGAGGAUACAAUACCAACUGUUCCCCUCCGAGUGGUGCAGAUUUUCUGCUGGUGCGAGAGCAACUUCAACAGGAGGUUGAGGAAGAUGGAGUAGAUAGAAAUAAUUCUACUAUUCCUACUAUAGGUGAAUCAACGUUUAGGCCGUUGGGAAAUACUAAACAGCGAUGGAGUGGUGUAAUUUUUGAUGGUGUUUGGGAGAAGGGUCGUUUCAUAGGUGAAGGUUACGUUACACUACCAUGUGGGUCAAGAAUUUCUGCAGAAUGGAAAAGCGCUUCUCAUGCAAGUAAUGGCCGUAUAUUUCUUACUGCUUCUUCAAUACACACACAGGAAGGAAUGAAUGCACGUGGAUGGUUUCAAUGUUUUCACUGGGAACCACUACUCUGUGGGGCCUAUGAAGAGACAAAAAUGCGGGAGUACGUGGCCUGUGCGCCUUACCGUGAUCGUCUCUACAGUGCUACAACUCCUGAAGAGGUUCAGGCAGUACUAGCGGAUUUCUGCACUAACCAGAGUGUUGUACGAAAUGCGCUAAAAGUAUUCCGCCGCUGUUUUUUUUUCCUUCACGGUACAUGUGGAAAAGAUAGUGAAAUUGGUUCCGGUUUAGGUUUAAAUAAACUUGGAUGGUGUUAUCUCCGUAACGCAUAUGGUGGUUGUAUCCAUCAUGGACGUGGUCGUCCUAUUACUGUUGGGGAUGUGGAUUUGGCAAUGACGGAUGUAGUUUCUUUUGUUCGUUCAGUGCAGAGAUGGGUUUUAGAGAUGUUAGGUGAUUCCGCUCUUGCAGAUGCUAGUUCUGAAAUUUUCGUUGCUCGUAAACUAUUAGACUACAUGCUGCGGGAUGUACAUGAUGUUUUAUUUAACCUCUAUGUGCAGGCCUUCAUUGAAGAAGAUGUUUCACUUUCCGCUUCUCUUGAACGAUUACGGGAACAUACGACUUUAGACGAUCUUGGGGUUGUUUUUGCACGACAGCAAAGCGCGGAGAGACUCUUUGAUCCCUACGCUGACGCUAUUCACAGUAUUGACCAACUUGGUCGACAAGCGCUUACUUUCACUAGCAAAUUACGGGUACUUGCACAGUGGUCAAAAGAGAUUGAUCUCUCUGCACGGCUGGCACAAGUUAAUCUCGAUGACAAGGCGUCUUCUUUACUCUCACGGGAUUCUGCAAAGCUUGAAUUAGGCUCCGCUGAUGAUCUUCUUCCUAUUUAUCAAUACGUCUUGAUAAAGGCGAAACUACCCUAUCUGUAUGCUCAUACCAAAUUAUUAGUAGAUUUAAGUAGUGAGGAUAUGUUUAUGGAAUUUACAUCACCAGAAAAUUUCUUCGUUACUACACUUCAUGCAUGUACCAUGAUGUUAGCAAACUUAAAUCCUCUUUUACGCGAUGAGUUUCAGGUUUUGGCACCAUCCACUCUUUUUGAAGACCGACUUCGUUCCAGUAUUAAAUCUCUCAAGAGAUUAGCAUUAUCUUUUUUGGAGAACUUUUCAUCAAGUACAGGAGAAACCUGUGCCAUAAUAGACAGUAAUACACUACACCAUAUUGGGUUGGGAUAUAUUAAAACAUGGCUACCAGAGGCCCUUGAUGUCCUCUCAGCACAAAAUUUUCUGCCCCCUGAGAGAACGGAUAAAGUAAUUCCGAUAUCUGAGUUAUUACAGACUCCAAAGGCAAAAAAAUUCUUUCAACUGGAUAGACUUCAUUGCCCGCGUGAAGUGUCUCUCUUCUGCUGGCUUGCAGCUGCCAAUGUUGUGUCUGUACUUGGCCUGCGCCUUGUCAUUCUAUCGACGAGUACCACCGAUGACUCUUCGUCUUUGCUGCCAGUGGACGUUGAGGCCGACGUUUUCCUGCGGCGCUGCGGCUGCGGUUUGACUGUUGGUGUUGCAGGAAUGACGAUUGCAUUUCAGUUGCCGGUGGCGGUACUGCCACCAUCCUUCUUUCACCGUGCUGCUUCUCUCCUGCUGCUCACCUUGUAG